AUGGUUCUAUGUGUCUAUCUACCUGUUAGUUUCUCCAUUCUUUUUUUUCUCAUUACUCUAUACAUCAAUUCAUUUGUUCAAGUAUGGGCUGACCGAAAUGUUCCCUAUUGGUUACCAACAUUACCCGAUAUUGGUCAUAACUUACUACCUUAUUGUACAUAUUUUCAAAUAAAUAAUUAUUAUAUUUCAAUCGCAUUUAUCUUAGUUAUUAUUCGUUAUAUAUUUCAACGUGAUAUACGUUUAAUUGUAUUUCGUCGAUGGUUCUUUCUUCAAGCUGUUAUGUAUGUCAUGCGAACUAUAUCUAUUUAUGUUACUUCGCUGAGUGUUCCAUUACCUAGUUGUAAUACAACAGCUGUGGGUUCACCAUCAAUCGAAGCAUUUUAUAUCAUGUUUUUUAUGCAUACUACAUGUGGUGAUGUUCUCUUUUCUGGUCAUACGAUUACUUUAACAUUAUGCGCUCUUGCUUGGACAACAUAUUCAAAAGGUGAAGAACAUUAUCCAAUACGUUGGUUAUGGUAUCGAUUAAGAGAUUCAACAGGUGAUCCAUUAUCAUUUUAUAUAACAACAUUAUUGGUUUGGAUGUUUACAAUAAUUGGCUAUUUAUUUAUCAUUGCAACUCGUUUUCAUUAUACGGUUGAUGUUUUUCUUGGUUUUCUUCUUGCAAAUUUAACAUGGCAAAUAUAUCACUAUUAUAUAAAAAAUUUAGCUGAACGAAGAUCUAUUAUAAUAACAAGAUUUUUCCUUUGGUUUGAAGAUUAUGAAAAACUACAACAACAGCUUGUACACAUGAAAAAACCGUAUAAUGUCACUCGAUCAAAUGAUAUGAUUACAACCGUUGAGAACAAAAAGCGUAAGCUUUCAAAAAAAUCUGAUGAAUCUACUCAGAAAAAGAAGAAAGUCCAUUUUUCAUUUGAUCAAAGCGAAAAUGAAAUACCGAAAAAGAUGGACUUUGAUACGCUAUCUUCGUCUCUUAAAUCUCGUGCCAGUGAAAAAUUAGCACAAGUUGCUGUUGCUAAACGCCAAGCACGAGAUAAAACGGAUCCAACCAUUUUAUCAAAUGUUAAGCUUAUUAAAAAACAAUUAAAAUCGAAACAAAAACAAAUGGAACAUAAGAAAAAGAAAAAGCAUAUUAACAUUGUUCAAGAUAAAGAAAAUACAACAUUUCGACAACGUUUAAAAGAACGACAAAAAUUACGUCGUGGUGUUCUUUAUGAUAUGGCCGAUAAAUCGAAAAAAAUUUGGGAAAUUUUACGUCGUGAUGAAACAACAAAUGAAGUACGAGUUAAAUUGUGUGGAGAAUUAAUGAAACUAAUCGAAGGAAAUGUGAAAUUUUUAUCUAUGGCACAUGAUACAACACGUGUACUCGAAUGUCUGAUUCAAUUUGGCAAUGAACAACAAAAACAUUAUAUUUUUGAACAAGUUCAAAAGGAUUUGCCAACAAUGUCAAAAUCACUUUAUGCUCAUCAUGUUGUUAUGAAGUUUUUAAAUUAUGGAACGGACAAUCAAAAAAGUUUAAUUAAGAAAAGUCUACAUGGUCAUGUUUGCAAAUUAGCUAGACAUUCAAUUGGUUGUCGUGUAUUGGAAUAUUGUUACAAUGAUUUGUGUAAUUCAGCAGAACGAUUUCAACUUGUUCAAGAAUUUUACGGCCGAGAAUAUGCGAUUCUUAAAACAACCGAUGUAAAAAAUAUUGAAGAAUUAUUGGCAACUAAAGCAGCUACUGGUCAACGAGCAAAUGUCCUCGAAUAUAUGCAGGAAAAUCUUAUGGCUUGUAUUCAAAAAGAUCUAUUGAGUACAUCGAUUGUUCAUCGUGCUAUGCAUGAAUAUAUACGUAAUGCUGAUGAAAAAGGCCGAACAGAAUUAGUCGAUGCGGUCAAAGAAAAAUUAAUAAAAAUGGUUCAUAGUCGUGACGGAGCUCGUGUUGCUAUUUUUUGUCUGUGGUAUGGAACAAAUAAAGAUCGUAAAGCUUUAAUAAAAAGUCUCAAAUCAUUCGUGGUUAAAAUUGCUAAAGAAGAACAAGGUUAUCCUAUACUAUGGACCAUAUUUGAUAUAGUUGAUGAUACAAAACUUGUUUCCAAAAUUAUUUUACAGGAAUUGAUGUCUAAUUUCGAUGAUAUAAUUAACGAUUCACAUGGUAAAAAAGUAUUGAUGUAUUUGAUUGCACCACGUAAUACUAAACAUUUACAGUAUGACCUUGUUCAAUUGAUGAAAACAAGUGACGCAUUGAAUACAAGUAAAAAAGAUCCCGAAAUUCGACAACGUGAAUUGUUUGAAUAUUGCAAAUCUUACUUUUUGGAAUAUUUUACAUCAAAUACUCUUGCAACAUUAAAAGAUGGUUUUCAAGGUUUUAUGAUGACUGAAAUGAUUGAAAGACUUUCACCUGAAGAUAAUCUAUCGUCAUUUUAUACAUCAAUAAGUACACUAUUGGAUAAUGCAACUGUUGAGCCGCAAGCAGAAACAAAUCUUAUUGAAAAUCAAAUUACUCAUAAUGUUUUACGACAUUUAAUUAUAGCCGAUGGAAAACGACAGAAAAAACAAAAGCAUAAUCAGACACUUGUAUCAACAUUAUUGUCAACAAUUUCACCUGAUACAUUACGUACAUGGAUACUAUGUAAUCGUGGUUGUUUCAUUUUUGUCAUGAUGCUUGAACACGGUCAAUCUGAUGAAUGUAAGCAAAUUCGGUCACUUCUAGUACCGUCUGCUAUGGAUACACUCAAACGGCAAUCAUUUGCUGGAGCUAAAGUCCUUGUUGAAAAGUUGUUAUCUUCUUCUUGA